AUGAAUAAAUACUGUCCAUAUACUAGUGCAGGUGUGAGAGCAACUUUUUUGUAUUUAAUAGGCUGCAGUACGUUUCUUAAUCAAACUACUUACCCAGUUGGUAGUGGACCAUAUUCAGUAGCAGUCGUCGAUGUGAAUAGCGACAAUAAACUCGAUAUUAUUGUUGCAAACAGAGAUUCGAAUAACGUCGGCGUUCUUCGCAACGCAGGCAAUGGCACCUUUAAUGCUCAAACUAUUUACGCAGUUGGUACUAAUCCGCUAUCAGUAGCAGUCGUCGAUGUGAAUAGCGACAAUCAAUUCGAUAUUGUUGUUGCAAACUCUGGUACGGCCACCGUCGGCGUUCUUCUCUACGCAGGCAAUGGCACCUUUUAUAAUCAAACUACUUAUGCAGUUGGCAGUAGUCCAUUUUAUGUAGCAGUCGGCGAUGUGAAUAACGAUAAUAAACCCGACAUUGUUGUUGCAAACGCGGGUUCGAACACCAUCGGUGUUCUUCUCAAUGCAGGCAACGGCACCUUUUACAAUCAAACUACUUACGCAGUUGGUACUUAUCCACGAUCAGUAGCAAUCGUCGAUAUGAAUAGUGACAAUAAACCCGAUAUUGUUGUUGCAAACAGUAACUCGAACAACGUCGGCGUUCUUCUCAACACAGGCAGCGGCACCUUUUACAAUCAAACUACUUACCCAGUUGGUACUAAUCCAUUUUCAGUAGCAGUCGUCGAUGUGAAUAGUGACAAUAAACCCGACAUUGUUGUUGCAAACUUUGGUUCGAACACCACCAGUGUUCUUCUCAACACAGACAGCGGCACCUUUUAUAAUCAAACUAUUUACCCAGUUGGUGCUAGUCCAUAUUCAGUAGCAGUCAUCGAUGUGAAUAGUGACAAUAAACCCGACAUUGUUGUUGCAAACACUACCCCGAACAACGUCGGCGUUCUUCUCAACACAGGCAACGGCACUUUUAAUGCUCAAAUUACUUACCCCGUUGGUACUUCUCCACGAUCAGUAGCAGUCGGUGAUGUGAAUAGCGACAAUAAACCCGAUAUUGUUGUUGCAAACACUAACUCGAACACUGUCAGUGUUCUCAUGCAUUGCUAA